UAUAGCAUAUAAAGUACACUUCUCGCUCCGUCAAGCCAAAAACCCUCAAGAGGAGAGUGUGUGAGCAGCAAAAAUGGUGCAGCGUCUUGUAUACCGUUCGCGUCACAGCUACGCCACCAAAUCGAACCAGCACAGGAUCGUCAAGACCCCAGGUGGUAAAUUGACAUACCAGACCACCAAGAAGCGUGCAAGUGGACCCAAGUGCCCCGUUACCGGCAAGCGUAUUCAGGGUAUCCCUCACUUGAGGCCUGCUGAGUACAAGAGAUCCCGAUUGUCCAGAAACAGAAGGACCGUGAACCGUGCCUAUGGUGGUGUGUUGUCCGCUCUUGCUGUUAGAGAAAGAAUCGUUCGUGCUUUCCUUGUUGAGGAGCAAAAGAUAGUGAAGAAGGUGUUGAAGCUUCAAAAGGCCAAGGAAAAGGUUGCUCCCAGGAGCUAGAUCCUCUUAGCUUUUUUUUAAAACACUGUCUACUUGCCAAAUUCUAAAACUUUUUGUAUUCGUUUGCUUGACUUUGUCGACAUUUCUCAAAUGUUUGGUUAUGGUUUCUCUUUCAAAUGCUGCGUUUAACAAAUCACGCUUU